AUGCCUGGUCCUGACGAUUUGAUUCCUAGUAUCGUCCGUGGUUCUCAAACUCCUAUGCCUCCCCCUCCUACACCAAAUCCGAUUGAAGGGAUUCUUGCCGCAGGCACCGGAGUAGCUCUCGUUUUUUCAUUUGCUCUUCUUUACUUGAUUGCUUUGAUUACUUGCUAA